AUGGUGUUGAAGGGUGUGUUGCCUGGAGGUCAAGAAAUGGCGGUGAAGAGGCUUUCAAGGAGUUCAGGGCAAGGUUUGGAGGAAUUCAAGAAUGAAGUCAUUCUCAUCUCUAAAUUGCAGCACAGGAACUUGGUCAGAUUGCUCGGCUACUGCAUUCAAGCCCAUGAAAAAAUUCUCAUCUACGUGUAUCUCCCAAACAAAAGCCUAGAUGCCAUCCUUUUUGAUCCCUUGAAGAAAGAUGUAUUAGAUUGGAAUAGAAGGUUCAACAUCAUAGAAGGCAUUGCUCGUGGUCUUCUUUAUCUUCACAGGGAUUCAAGGUUGCGGAUCAUCCAUCGUGAUCUUAAAGCUAGCAACAUCUUGCUGGAUGAAAACAUGAAUCUUAAAAUAUCAGACUUUGAUAUGGCGAGAAUCUUUGGAGGCGAUGAAAAUGAGUGCAACACCAAUCGUGUGGUUGGCACACUCAGUUACGUGUCUCCUGAAUAUGUAAUGGAAGGUUUAUUCUCAGUGAAAUCUGAUAUUUAUAGCUUUGGAAUUCUUAUCAGGGAGAUCAUCAAUGGUCAAAGAAAUGGUAACUUUCGUCACAUGGAGAAUAAUGCUGGGAUAUGCUUGGACGAGGUGGAACGAGGAAAAAAUAGCCAAACUAGUGGAUCCAAUGAUUGGGUCGUCAUCCACAAUCAACCAAGUAAAGAGAUGUGUACAUAUAGCAUUAUUGUGUGUUCAAGAUUGAGUGAGUGA